AUGCUCAGUCUGCUUGGAAAGGCAAAAAUGUUUGAACUUAUAGGAAUGAAUAAUUCAUUGGGAUACAACUGUCACACGAAGUGCCAGCGAAUACAACCGUCACCAUGGUUACGAUGCUGUGAAUGCUGCUCCUCAUUGUUAUCUUUUCCACUUCUCACAUCACUUACAGUGUUGCAUUAUCAUGACAGUAACUUUUUAAAGUAUAGUGCGAAUCAAGAACUCAUGGGCAUGUGCGGUUCAUGUCUUCGACUGAUGCUGGACGCAGAAUCAGAUGUGAAAAUCCACGUGAUUGAACCAACGUCCGUGGGAGUGGAGCACUCAGUGGUUUUACCUCCGCCGCAACGCGUAGAAAACGAACGGUCCCCACCAACAUUACAGGUACCUGAGAUACAUAAAGGACAUCGCGAAGGUACAAAUAAUAUCUCCUAUGGGAGAAGUUGA